UAAACAAUGCGUGAGAUCGUCCACAUUCAGGCCGGACAAUGCGGUAAUCAAAUCGGAGCCAAGUUUUGGGAAGUUAUAAGCGAUGAACACGGCAUCGACCCGACCGGCAGUUAUCACGGAGAUAGUGACCUACAGUUGGAGCGCAUUAAUGUCUAUUACAACGAGGCCUCAAACGGCAAGUAUGUCCCCCGAGCCGUACUCGUUGACCUCGAGCCCGGCACUAUGGACUCGGUUAGAUCAGGACCUUUUGGACAACUAUUCCGUCCCGACAACUUUGUGUUUGGACAAUCGGGUGCCGGUAACAACUGGGCUAAAGGACACUACACCGAAGGCGCCGAACUGGUUGAUGCCGUUUUAGAUGUAGUCCGCAAAGAGGCCGAAGGUUGCGAUUGUCUACAGGGUUUCCAAAUGACCCAUUCAUUGGGUGGCGGAACCGGUUCUGGAAUGGGAACCCUUCUAAUCUCAAAGAUCCGGGAGGAAUAUCCCGACCGUAUUAUGAAUACUUUCAGUGUCGUGCCCUCACCUAAAGUAUCCGAUACUGUGGUCGAGCCCUAUAAUGCAACUCUGUCUGUCCAUCAAUUGGUUGAGAACACCGAUGAAACGUUUUGUAUCGAUAACGAAGCCCUAUAUGAUAUCUGUUUCCGUACCCUUAAGUUGACAACCCCGACCUAUGGUGAUCUGAAUCAUUUAGUGUCGGCCACAAUGUCAGGUGUGACCACAUGCUUGCGAUUCCCCGGACAGCUUAACGCUGAUCUCCGUAAACUGGCUGUGAAUAUGGUUCCGUUCCCACGUUUGCACUUCUUUAUGCCCGGAUUUGCUCCAUUGACAAGUCGUGGUUCACAACAAUACAGAGCACUUACCGUUCCUGAACUUACUCAACAAAUGUUUGACUCGAAGAACAUGAUGGCCGCAUGCGAUCCACGACACGGUCGAUAUCUGACUGUUGCUGCUGUAUUCAGAGGCCGUAUGUCAAUGAAAGAAGUGGACGAACAGAUGCUUAAUGUGCAGAAUAAGAACAGCUCUUACUUUGUUGAAUGGAUUCCCAACAAUGUUAAGACAGCUGUCUGUGAUAUCCCUCCGCGAGGACUUAAGAUGUCGGCCACUUUCAUCGGUAACAGCACUGCUAUUCAAGAGCUGUUUAAACGUAUAUCUGAACAGUUUACUGCUAUGUUCAGACGUAAGGCUUUCCUUCAUUGGUAUACCGGUGAGGGUAUGGAUGAGAUGGAGUUCACUGAAGCCGAAUCCAAUAUGAAUGACUUGGUCUCUGAGUAUCAACAAUACCAAGAGGCGACCGCUGAGGAUGAGGGAGAAUUCGAAGAGGAAGAGCCACAACAGGCCGACUAAAUGGCAGUCUAUCAGUCAUCUAAUUGUCAUUAUUUUAUUACUCAUAAUACGCUUAAUUUUAUUGAAUGCUAUUUUCUUUACCAUAGUUUUUGUAUUGAUUUUUUAUGAUAAAUCACUUUAAGGUCAUUAGAUCUGAACAAAUAAUUACUUAAAUAUAAAGAUUUUGUCAUUUGUUUGCACUAAAUGUCAAAAUUAUUUAAAAUCUAUUUAAUUGCUAAUUACUAUUAUAUAAUGACAAACUUUAUUUAACAGUAUUAUUAAUAAAUGUGUUUU